CAGCACACUGAUCGGUUCUUUGCUAACAGUUGUGCGGGACCCAGCGAGUGAUACUCUCUAGACUUAAACUCAGUGUUUCAAGAAUACCCGGAUACCCCAGCAGCGAGAGAUGGCGGAUCAAGACAAACCAAAAAAUGACUUAAUACGGAAAUGUGGUCACAUGGUCAUACACCCGGUCGAAAUAAUGGUGGCAGUCCUUCAAGCCACGAACAACCCAGCUCCCCAGAGCCGCAGGAAGUGCAGCAAGUCCCGGCUGAACAGGUGGAGGGCCCCUGCUCACCAUACUCUGACGAUGACGUUCUGAUCGUGGAAGAAGUCCCUUUUACUUUCACUGAAGAACAGCUAAAGGAAGCACUAGACUCGGUAAAGUCCAUCAUUGCACGAGAAGAAGCAGAUUCAACCGGUGAACAGUACUUGAAUGUUGAGGAUAUUGACCAAGAUGAUGAAGAUAAUAUGCCACGUCUGCGGUGGGAGGACGACGAUUAUCUAUCAGGGCCAUCGGCCGCAAAAGUUCGUCGUCUUGAUCUGGCCAGCAUUAAAGUACAAUUGCCGGCCGAUAGAUAUGGGCCCUUGACAUGCUUGGUAGAAUCAGAUCCAAGGUGCGGAGGCGCCACAAAACAAUCGCCCCCUAUUGAUGUAGAGGAAAUUAAAACUCCAAACGUAAGCUGCCUCUGGGAUCAACUGCCAAGAAGCGUCACCGAUAACUUCCCAAUACUUGAGCCUGAACGCGCGAGAAUUUUAAGCGCUAAUGCCUCAUUGAUCAGUGAAGCUUUCGCUAGCGCUGCACAACCCGGCCCAUCAACAUCUAGGGACCCAAUAAUUGGGCCUGAGAUCAUCAAUAUUCCCCGAUCAGCACCCAGCACCAGCUCGUGGGCUGAUGACGUGAAUGACCCUCAACCUGGACCAUCAAGUGCUAGCACUGCGUGGUACGAGUCAGAGUAUAUUGGACUGAGUCGCCCGGGACCGUCUUACAUUAGCGGUCAAUGGACCCAUCCAACCUUGGCGGAUGAGACUACCAUACCAUAUACUCCCAGCGGCUCCCCAAUUGUAGGCACUGCGGGUUCAGCCUUUCCUGAUUAUCAAACAACGCGUCGUUCUCGCCCAGCUGGCCAGCACACACUCUUAGGGGAGAUAGCCGAGGCAAAUGAAUUGCAUUCCAGGCUACGAUACCUCGAUAGACAAGCUCAAGCCCAAAGUCAACGAGUGGCUCAACUGACGGCGCAAGGCGCAUUUGGCUACAAUGUCCGUGACGAUGGCUCGGAAGCUCUGCGCAGGGCUCGUUUCGCCCAGGGGAGAGACGGAGGCACCGGCAUGGAUACUCCGUAUCCACCUAUAUCACCUAAAUUAUUAAGUGAAACUACCUUUUCGGACAUUCCUUCCUUCCCCCAACAGUCCCUUUACUACGACGUUCCUUUUAUCCCCACUGAACCUGAGGAACAACGACCGUUGGAUCUAACAAAUCCUCAACGGCAGAUCCCGGAGCUUAUUCCCAUUUCGACUCCGCAACGUUCUCCAGUGGGACACUGCUCUCGUCAGUCUCAGUACACUGCGUCGCGCACAACGCCCCGGCCGGCGCACCGCCCCGCUCUCCUGCCCACCUCGCGCGUCAUGCCGGUCACAGCACUGAGCGGCAUACCCCGCACUCAUACCGUUACGGCAUCGUCCGACAUUUUCAUUUACACCGAGCCCCCCAGGCGCCUGACUCCACCAGAGACGCGCCAGUGGACUUCAAGCCAGCCACAACAAUAUCAACCUGAAAUCUCAUUAGAACAAUACGCCAGCUGCUCUGAACACCUCUUGGUUCCUCGACAGCCGGAACCGGAGCCGGAACCGGAAUUGGAACCGGAACCGGAACCAGAACCAGAGCCAGAGCCAGAGCCAGAGCCAGAGCCAGAGCCAGAGCCAGAACCGGAACCCGAACCGGAACCGGAACCCGAACCGGAACCGGAACCGGAAACUCAACCGCAACCGCAAUCUAAAUCACAGCCACGUUCUCGAAUAAACCCAAUGUUAGAUCCUCUUCCAGAACAUCUUCUAUACAUAGAAUGGCCUACCCCAGAAGACCAACCGAUUGUCCGGUCACAACCGCGUCAUGUACCUCAGGUAGAACCCUCACUGCACGUUCCUUGGUUCACCCCAACUACUUCUGCUUCUGGGGAAUCAUCGAACUGGAGUGGUGGAGUCCAAUCGGCAAUAAUUACUACGACGGCUCCCUCUGAGCCCGCUCCUCCUCGUCCCGAAGCAUCAGCGAUCUACGACGUCAUUACCAUUUCGCCCGUGCCUUCCCCAUCCAUUAUCGUGACGGUGCCUCCCGACUCUUCGCCUCCUCGGUCCACACCUCCGCCAGAGUUGGGAGCCGUUUGGUUGGCACGCGACAGCCGGCACGUUUCAGCAAGCUACAUCGUGUGCAGCCGCUUUGAAAAUUUGUGCAGUCAGUCAGCCUGCACCAUGAGGAAUGUAAUUCCACGACUUGGUGCAACACUGGGCUGCGCAGGAGUGGCGGCUCUAGCGAGUAGUUUGUUGAAGAAGCACUCGUAUGGCGGGAGCAAAACUAGAGGCGCCCGCAUGUAUAUAUCAACGUUUUUUGUAUGACAAAUCGUCCACAACGAUAUACUGGGUCCUUACAAACUUGGGGAGUCGGCGCAACAAAGGACUGCACAAGAGCGGCGGCUCCAGCGAGUAAGUACUCGUAUGGCGGGAAAAAGAACAGAGGCACCAAGCACAGAUACUUCAAAAUUUUAUUAUGUCAAAUCGUCCACAACGAUAUGCUACGUCCUUACAAACUUGGGGUAACGUUUCACUUUUUUGUUGUUUUUUGUUUCUUUGUUUUACUAGAAUAGUUUUUUAUAUGUACCUCUAAAAGUGUUAAUAUCUUUGUAAAUAAAAUUAGAAACAUGUCAUAUUAUAUGGAACUAUCGUCUAAUAACAGUUAAUAUGUGUGUUUAUUGUGUAGGUGGCUUGGCCUGGCGAAAUUUAUCAGGUAUUUUAACUUAAUCAUACUCCAAUGAUUCUUCAAGGUAAGAAGUAUGUAUGUGUAUUUGAAAUGACAUCUGCAUAUUGAGCUGAUUUCACUGAUAUUUCAUUUACCGUAAAUAUAUUUUUGUGUAGCUGACCUGGCCUGGCCACCCGAACGGAUAUUUCAACUAGAUAAUAAGGUACUUAAUUAUUUAUUAUUACAUAAGUCCAUUUUUGGGAGUUCCACAAAAACACAGAUAGUUUCGACUGUUUUCAUAUUCUCAUGUAUUGAUGUAUUUUUGACAGCUACUGGAACAGGAGAGAGAAAGGGAAAGACUGACCGCGAGUUACUUCUUGUGUCACAAUUUGCUUUUGCCGUUGAAGCACUCGUGUUACAAUAGCAAAAGCGAGAGGUGCCCAUAAAAACGCUUUAUAAAAUUUAAUGAACUACUGAUUAAUAAUGUACAUAGUUAUUGAGGUUAAUUUUAAUUUUGUUUACAAACUGACCAUGUCCUGCAGAUGAAGAGCACCGCAUUCUGCAAAUGACACUGUUUAUAAUUUUAUUGCUGCUGAAUCAUCUACAUCAAAAGUUUUAAGAACAACAUUGUCAUAGCCAUUAUAUUCAUAGAACAGAGAAAACGGUUUUUCUCUGUUCUUUGAUUGUGCUAAUGACAGCAUCCGUAAUUAAGAUUUUUCAGCGAGUAUUCAAAUUGAAUAUUUUAACUAAAAUCAUAAACAGUUUGGUCGAUAGUACAAAUUAGAUAAAUAAGUAGAAUUUA